UCUACGUGGUAUAGUAUCAUUGUUUACAAAAUGGCGGCUGCAAUGGAUAGUGGAAUUACAACGGAGAGUGAUUCUUCGGGAUUACGACAGCGGUACGUGCCGGACACUAAUUCCGAAUGGGACAGUGAACAGCCGUACGGGGGAAAGGUCUAUUUGGCAAGAAAGAAAAAACCUGACCCGCCACACGUGAGGGCUGUCGAGGGUUUUGCUUUAUGUGCCACGAUAGUGUUUGCAUUUUAUGCCUAUUUUUAUUUUGACAACCUCCAUUUCCACGUGACACACGCAUACGCACACCUUGGUUACCCUGCAGCUCAACACCAGGUUGGACAACGAUAUCUUCAUGGAAAAGGGGUAGAAAAACAUCACGAGAAAGCCAUGGAAUGGUUUAGGAAAGCCGCGGACCAAGGACACGCCCACGCCUCUUACAACUUGGCAAUCGGACAUCUCAAAGGCAUGAAGACAGAUCUAAAACCUGGAGAGGCACAUCAAUUGAUUCACCAUGCCGCUUCUAAAGGUGUAAAACAAGCUCACAAAGUGCUUGAAAAUGUGUGUUCCAGGGGAGGCUGCAAAAACUGAUUCGGAAAGGCUAACUAUUUUCCGGAAAUCUUUAUUUUCAACGAAUUUCAAGUUUGGAAAUUUAAAUAGUUGAUAGUAAUCAUGCUUUCUUUAACGUACUUGUUUCCAGACUAUGCUAAUGUCAUUUAAAACCUGUACAAUAAACUCGUUAAAAUUCGGCAGAUUCCGUCACUUUCAGUGACAAUCAUGGUGACCGAUACAAAACCUUGGCAGCUCGCCAAAAGCCCAUAUAAAAUGAUCACCUGUCAUAAAUAAUAAUUAACUUUCGUAUUUUGAAUUAACAUUAUUGAUUGCUUAAUUAUUGAUAGUACUGUUACUUCGUGAUAAUCCGUCCAUAUCUUAAAAGUUUUUUUUUAUGCAAAAACAAUAAAUGAGCCGUGUCAUGACAAAACCAACAUCAUGGGUUUGCGACCAGCAUGGAUCCAGACCAGCCUGCGCAUCCGCGCAGUCUGAUCAGGAUCCAUGCUGUUCGCUUACAAACUCUUUUACAAGUAGAGAAACUGAUAGCGAACAGCAUGGAUCCUGAUCAGACUGCGCGGAUGCACAGGCUGGUCUGGAUCCAUGCUGGUCGCAAAUGCAUUAUGUUGGUUUUGUCAUGACACGGCUCAAAUGUAUAUCUUUUAUAUUCGUAUUGUUAACAUAUUAUGUAUUAUGUAAUCAUGUUUGAUAAAUUUCUGUUUAAUAGUUUGUAAUGAGGAGUCCUAGUUACCUUAAUGAAAAAUUUUACUUCAAA